AUGUCUUCCUACGCCGUUUUACCAGCUGCUGCCAAGGAUGAGGAAGAACUUUACAAAAAAAUGGCGUCGACAAAUUCUACAACAAGUCCUUCUCGCGGCUAUUUUCUUGUGUUUUUCUUGUCUAUAAUUACUUCGCUUGUCUUUGGUGUUGAUAUGGGCUGGCAAUUGAGUGCUCAUUACGCUGCCAAGGAGCAGAUACUAUCUCGAUCUUCGGGCCUUCUGUCAGAUCUCGGUGGAGUCAAGACGGUUUUUAAAUAUGACCGGAUAUAUGCCGAAAUGCCAACCAAUGAAUCCGAUGCCGCAUGGAAAGAGAUCUUCCCUGCACGAGGUGGAUUCUUUAAACACCCCCAGCUGGCACCCGGUGGCUCGGGGCUGGCUGUUUUUCAUCAAUUACAUUGCUUGGACAAUAUUCGAAGAGGAUACUGGUCCCUUACAGACGACGGGCGUCACGUUCAUCACAUCAGCCCCGCUCAUAUCCGGCACUGCAUUGAUUAUCUGCGACAGUCACUCAUGUGUCAUGCAGACACGAAUGUCGAGACCCUUGACGAAAUGCUUCAUGGUGUUCAUGGUUUUGGUGUUGAGCACAAAUGCCGCGAUUUUGAAGGUGUGCAGUCCAAACUCGUUCGCCAUGGCACGACCAGUGCACGAGGUGAAGAAGCUACAGCGGAUGAAGACGUUACCUGGAACGUUGACCUCUACCAACCGGGAACAGGAGAGCGAAGAUCGAUCGUUGAUGCUAGGGGUGAAGAGGAGACUGCAGACGAAGAUGUCACGUGGAACGUUAACGACUAUACAGGUGGCUCAGCCGACGAUAUCCUAGUGGCUUUGAAUUGCAUGAUUCUCGUAGGGUCCGGAUGUCUGACCAUAGUUGGAGCGACAAUUGGGGGCAUUGGUGCAAAUUUGGCUGGAGUUGAUGCCGAUACCAUAAUCGCAUUCGCGUCCGAAUUCUUCUACAUUUUCACAGUUGGCAUCGUGAAACUGUCGCUUCUGCUCUACUAUCGCCGCAUUUUCGUACUCAGUCUAGUUUCACCUGGGUUUCGACGAAUGAACGAUAUUCUGAUAGGGGUAGUUGGCCUCUGGAUGCUCGCCUUCUUCAUCACAACUAUUUUCCAGGCACGCCCAAUAUCGUGGAAUUGGACAGAGAUCGGGUCGGUCAGCAAUCUGCAUGACUUCUUCAUCUCUGAAGCUAUCACAAACAUUGCUCUCGACCUAAUUGUGCUUUGUAUGCCGAUGCUGAUUGUGUAUCGAAUGCACAUGUCUCUGCGUCAGAAAAUUCUUGUGGUUGGUAUUUUUGGUCUGGGAUUCUUCUGCGUAAUCGCCUCUGCCAUUCGGCUUUACUAUGUUACAAAGUUUUUCGCCGUCUCAAUACAGGCCCAUCCUAAACAAUUCGAAGUCAACAGUUUUCGAGCCAUCUUCUCCCUACGAAGUGACUCGAGUUCGCAAGACCAAGUUAAUGGGAAUCGGCCGCCUAAUGUGCAGGACAGUGUCAAAUUGAACACUUUACAGGCAGCUGAACAGCUUAGUCGGAAUGAUAGUCACUCACAAGACGAUGCCUACCACCCGAAAGCGGAUCAGAUGUUGGAUUACGAGGAACGAGGGUUACGAAACCACACGGGUAUUACCCGGACAUCCUCCCCGGACUCUAUUAUCCUCCGGAUAUUCACCCCUCUUGACCCUAUCCCUGAGUUGCGGGGGAUCAUCCUAGAUAAUACCCCGCAGAAACUAAAAGGGUAUCAAGACAUCCAACUGACCACCACCAUGCUGUACCUAUACCUUAUCAUAUUUUGCGUCGGAGCAACCGCGCUGUGGAAAAGUAAACAGAAUCUCAAGAUAAAGCACGGCAAGCCCAUACCCGGACCAAGAGGGAAGCCGAUUGUCGGCAAUUUGCCGGAUAUACCAAAGAUCCAUUCGUGGCUGAAAUUUAAAGAAUGGAGCGAUGAAUAUGGUCCCAUUUUCCAGCUAAAUAUCGCCGGUCGGAAGCACGUUGUUGUGUCACAAGAGAAGAUUGCCAACGAUCUUCUAAGGGAGCGAGGAUCUCUCUACUCGUCCCGAGAAUACUUGCCUUUUGCGUCCGGUCUUCUUUCGAAUAACCUUCGCCCCUUGUUGCUUCCCUAUAAUGAUCUAUGGCGCCGUGGACGGAAGCUGAUGCACCAACUCACAACGAGUACUGUUGUGAAUAGCUACCAGCCAGUUCAGGACUACGAGUCGAAAAGGCUACUCGCUUCUUUGCUAGAAGCGCCCCGUGCCUACGAGCAAUGGUUUGAGCGUUACGCCUCCGGAGUAGUUUAUCGUCUAGGAUUUGGCCGUUGGAUUGAGACUGGAGAAGAGACCGAUUUUAAACGCAUUGUCUGUGUGGGAAAAGAACUCGAGAGAGUCGCUUCUCCCGGCCAGUAUUUAGUAGAUUCAUUUCCCUUUCUGGUGUUUCUACCUUCAUGUAUCGCCCCCUUCAAACGUGAGGCUGCUCGUCUGCAGGCAGAAGAGCUGGGCCUGUUCAGAAAACUGCAACAGGACGUCCGCGAUGGAAUUCAAAGCGGAAACACUGCCAAGUCAUUUACGAGAACUUUCCUCGAGAACCAAGGAGCUUUCCGGCUCACCAACGAUGAAGCAGCUUAUGUCAUAGGGACCCUGUUUGAAGCCGGUACGGGCACAACCGCCGCAGCGAUGAUGUCCUUCUGCCUUGCCAUGUGCCAUCACCCAGAGUGGCAGACGAAAAUACAAACCGAGCUUGAUCGCGAAGUUGGUGACCGCAUGCCUGAAUUCUACGAUAUUCCCAAGCUGCCAACAGUCCGUGCGGUCAUCAAGGAAGUAAUGAGAUGGAGGCCUGUGACGGCUGGCAAUGUGCCCCACCAACUCAUUCAAGACGAUACAUAUGAAGGCUAUCUCUUCCCAAAAGGCACUGUUUUCCAUGCAAAUCAAUGGGCAAUACACCGAGACCCCGAGCUCUAUCCUGACCCUGAGAAUUUCCAUCCAGAGCGAUGGCUUGACGCCAGCUUUCCAACCUAUCGGGAACCAUUGACCCAGUUCCCAAAUAUGCAAAACUAUUCAUGCUUCGGCUUUGGUCGUCGCAUUUGUCCCGGGCAGAGUAUCGCAGAGCGUUCAUUGAAUAUUCUCACUGCUCGCAUAGCUUGGGCAGCUACACUCAGUCGCAAGAAAGACGCACAAGGGAAUCUGAUGCCGCUACCUCUGUACGACUAUUGUCCUGGCUUCAAUGUCCAGCCUAAUUUCUUUGAAUUUGAUGUCACCGCACGCUCACCUCAGCGAGCCGAGCAAAUAGCCAUGGCGUACGAGGAGGCGCGCUUGACAAGGGAUCAGAUUCUGACCUAG